AGGGCCAGGCAAUGUAAACCUCCCCGUGCAGAUGACAGGAGGUAGGGCCAACUACCGUCCAGCUGGUCCAGGCCGGGCAGCUCCUCCCCCUCCCUCCAGCAACCCCCCUAGCAGACCAGCCCCUGGACCUCCAGGUUAUCCACCACCACCAGUGCACAGCAGUAAUGGAAACUUGAGGUCUGCCAAGAGGACAUCUCGGAGAGUUUCUUCCUCUUCUGACAAGUCUCCGUCCCUGCCCAAAGAGGGAGCACAGAGGCUGGCCAGGCAGAUCAACCAGGCAGUGAGGAAUAAUGAUGAAGAAUUCAUGAAGACACCUGAGGCAGGAGUGGCUGGCAUUCAGAGAUUGAAUAGCAGAAGUAAACGCCCUGCCCCAGGAGCCGGUCGGCCCAAGCCGAAACCCAAUCCUAAACCUAAACCCUUGCUGCCCGAGUGCAGGUGUCUAUAUGCUUAUGAUGCUCAGGACACAGAUGAACUAAGCUUCAAUGAAGGAGAUAUUAUAUCUCUAAUAAAAGAAGAUCCUCAGGGCUGGUGGACAGGACGCCUGCGUGGAAAGGAAGGUCUAUUUCCGUCAAAUUAUGUGGAGAAAAUAUGAAACAGGCAGAAAGACUGGGAGGUGUUGAAAUUCUAAUACCUUAAGGUGAUAGUGAACAGAUUGGUGCCAGUAUUCAUCACAUCAAAGGCUUAGCUGGCCAUAGAACUAAAGAAAUAUAUGGAUGAAUUAGGACAUACAGAUUUGUUAAGAGAGCCUCAAAAAAGUAUUAAGUUUAACCCAGGUGGUUUAUGAGAUGAAGAAGAUGGCAAUCUAAGCAUUCAGAGAGAUAUCCCUAGUUUGUCAGUUAUUUAAGUCCACAUACAUAAGAGUCAUCUUAAUUGUAAACACUUAUUUCAUGUUUAUUAACAAAUGAAACUAGUCCAUUUGCAACAUUCAUUCCAAUCAUAUGUAGCAAAGGUCUCAGAUGCCCCAAAGGGAAUGUAUCAGUAGGUAUUUAUAGUAUACAUGUGGAUGUGGGGUUUUGAUAAAGACAGUUUUAAUCAUAAUACAAAAGGAUAUGAUUGAAGUGCUAUACCAAUCUAAGUGCCAUGUAAAAAUCUAAAAUCCUAAGUGCAUGAAUUUUGGAUGUGGAUUUUUUUUAGCCUUUAACUGUGCAAGCAAAAAUUCUAAUACUUUAAAUAUGGUAGCAUUUACAGUAGGCAGAUGUUGGUAAAUAGCUGAGAUAUCAUUGUAGUCAGAAGGCUUUCUUUUUUUUUUCCACAGAGAAUAGAACAAAACUGCAUACUUUUAUGGCUUAUGAACUUCUUACAUUGCAGUGUCUUUGUACCUGUUACAUUAGUUGAAAGAAGAAAUUCCAAGCAUAUUUUACCUUGCAGUUUUCUCCUGUGUUUAUAUGAAAAAGUCUGUAACAGCAUUACAGGACCACAGACAUUGUUGUUGAUGAUGCAGCAGUUUGUUAACUUGUUUUCUGCUGACACAAUGUUUUGACAAAAAUAAGUGAUGUAUAUAUAUAUAUAAAUAUAUAAAAUUAUUUGUACUUUAUACAGUCUCAUUAAUAUUUUGUAAGCUAAAGACGUGUUAUUGCUUUUUAAUGAAGUGACUUCAGUUUCAUAUAGAUAUGUUAUAAUAUCAGCUUAAAAGCUUAUGAUGCCAAUAUAUAUGUUCAGCAUUGCUUCAGCAUUGAGAUGUCCAUUUCUCAAUAUCAUGAUUCAAAUGUGAAUGUAAAAUCAACACAAAGUGUUCAUGUCAGUGAUAAGGAACAGAAAUAAUUGUUUUUCUUUUUUAUCAGAUAAAAGAGGGUGAGAAACAAAUUAGUUAAAAUGUGAUAAUGGCCAAGUUAUAUAUGAUGUUAUUCUAGUGCACAUUCCAAGAUCCUGGUACACAAAUUGUUAUACACAGCAACUUUAUAGCUCUCUAUUUAUUUUCCCUUUAAUGUAAAAACUUGUAAUAAAUUAAACAGAGGAGUA